AUGGCAUCCUCCGGUUCUGGCUACGAUCUUUCUGCCUCAACAUUUUCUCCUGAUGGACGCAUUUUUCAAGUAGAGUAUGCGACGAAGGCUGUGGAAAAUGCUGGCACUGUGGUUGGCAUCAAAUGCAGCAACGGAGUGGUUUUGGGAUGCGCCAAACCAAUUCAUCACAAGAUGGUGGUUGCCACCAGCGGAUCUUACAAGCGUAUUCACACUUGUGAUACUCACAUUGGUGUUGCUUCCACUGGUUUCCUUCCAGAUUCUCGAGUUUUGGUGCAACGUACAACAGAAGAAGCCGCAGAUUGGUUGGAACAGUAUGGAGGAAAGAUCCCACCACACGUUCUGGCGGAUCGGCUGGGAAGCUAUGUCCACUAUUUCACUUUACACGGAGCGCUUCGUCCGUUUGGAGCUGCCGCAGUCAUAGCAGGACACGAUCCCGAUACCAAGGAAUGCUCUCUGCAUCUUCUAGAACCCAACGGUGCUCCGUACAGAUUCUAUGGUGUCGCCACUGGAAAGGGCAAGCAAGCUGCCAAGACUGAACUGGAAAAGUUGAAUCUUCACAAGACACCAAUCGCUGCUGAUGAAGCUGUCAAGCAGAUUUUGCGAAUUUUGCAUUUGUUGCACCAAGAGUCAAAGGAUUCCAAACCAAUUGAAGUUGAAGUGAGUUGGAUCUGCGAGGCCAGUGGCUGGAAACACAAGGGUGUGCCCAAGGAUGUUCUUAAGACAUCAGAAGACUGGGCAAAGGAACAAUUAGAAGAAGAGGAGGAAGAUGAUGACGAUGACGAGGAAAUGGAAGAGGAGAGCUAA